AUGGCCCGUACCAAGCAGACAGCGCGCAAGUCCACUGGUGGCAAGGCCCCACGUAAGCAGCUCGCGUCCAAGGCAGCUCGCAAGUCCGCGCCAUCCACCGGUGGUGUGAAGAAGCCUCACAGGUACAAGCCGGGUACCGUCGCCCUCCGUGAGAUCCGUCGCUACCAGAAGUCGACCGAGCUCCUCAUUCGCAAGCUGCCCUUCCAGCGUCUGGUCCGUGAGAUCGCCCAGGACUUCAAGUCCGACCUGCGCUUCCAGAGCUCGGCCAUCGGCGCCCUCCAGGAGUCCGUUGAGGCCUACCUCGUCUCGCUCUUCGAAGACACCAACCUCUGCGCCAUCCACGCAAAGCGUGUCACCAUCCAGAGCAAGGACAUCCAGCUCGCGCGCCGCCUCCGUGGUGAGCGCUCGUAA